AAAACCCGAACCGAAUCCGAUCCGAUAAAAAUGAAUCUGUUCUAACCCGAUCAAAUCAAAUAAAAUCUUUUGGGUACUUACUACUUGGGAUCAACAAUUGAUGUUAUAUCUAAUAUCAUCUAGUUGCUUCAUUUACCAUCAUAUAUGAUAAAUAUUGAUGUGUAGUGCCUUAAAACAGCUAACGGCUACCAUUGAUGUUAUAUGCGGGAUUCAGUGAUCAAAAGAGAGAAUUCAGGUGUCAAUGUAGUCGUGAUUUUGGAUGGAAGUCCAGUGACUGGAGACCUCAGGUGCGACCGCGUAAGGGUUUGUGUUGAUGGAAAUCGUAUCGUCGUCCAAGUCCCUACCGCUGGCUAGAAUUGUAUACGAACAUUAUGUGUAAUAUAGACUUAAGUAUGUAAUGUAGACAAUGUGUAGCUGGUUGGUAGGAUAAUAAUGUAGUUUGCAUCACCUGCUUAAAUAGUUUGGGUGUUUGUUUCACUCAGUAUUACUUAUGACUUAUGUCUCAGUUAUAUCUGUAAACCAAGUAAUUUCGGUGUUCGUUCACCAAAUAUUACUUACGUCCCAAAGUUAUAUCUAUAAAGCAAGUGAUCUGAUAUCCUAUGAAAAUCAAUAAUGUAAUAUUCUUCUAGUAUUAAGUCUUAGGGUGAGCAGAGGGUUAAUUAAAACGUUAAAUCAUCCUCAAGUCCUGCUGCGCUCAUCGAGAUGAAAGAACGAAAAAAUAUUGUGGAAGAUGAUUUUAGAGAAUAUAUUUAUAUGAAUGAUUUAUGAUUGAUUAAAAGAAAUGUUCAAAAUGUAUAAGCGUUUCUUCUGAGAAAAUUUACAAAAUUAUAAACUUUAGCUAUGUAAACAGAAUCCAUUCAGCAUUGGGAAUAUUCUCUUCACCUAAUUCUUUUUCUUUCAACAUUAUCUAUGCUUUUGAAAUUUUAACUUGUUGUCGAUGGAUAUGCUUAGAGAAAUUUUCAAAAUAAAAUUACUUGUAAGAACAUUAAUCAAGAUAAGCUAGCAUCAGGAACCGGUGACUGUCCAUCCAAUAUAAUAUAUGGUUCUACCAGUACUGAUAAAAUAUAUCGACAAUUUUUAAGAAAACGGUAUAACUUUCAAAGCUUAUAGGUUUAUAAAUGUCAAAGGACUGUAUUUCAAACCCGUUAGUCAAGGUUUUCGACUUUGAAUACACAAGCACUCACCUACUACACCGACACUGACAUUGACGUCUCUGAUUCUAUAAAUUGGACUCAGAUUCCUAAAGACGAGCAUAACAAAUACAUCACAGCACUACAAAGAUAAGAAAAGGGGUAGCAACAUGUCGUCCGAAUGUGAUGGGAAGAACUCAUGGCCAGAGCUUUUGGGAACAAAUGGAGACCAUGCGGCUUCCGUGAUAGAAAGAGAGAACUCGAGAGUCGAUGCAAUGGUGAUCUUGGAUGGAACUCCAGUGACUGGAGACUUCAGGUGCGACCGGGUCAGGGUUAGGGUUGAUAGAAACCGUAUCGUCGUCCAGGUCCCUACGACCGGCUAGACUUGUCUUGUUUACCGACCACGCUGUUAUUAUGUCUAUUUAGUAUCAGUAAAAUAAAACUAUAUAUGUAAUUUCUCGUUUACAUGAAUAAUUUGGGUUUUCGUUACCCGAAAGGUUACCGUUGUUCAAAAUUAUAAAUAAAUCUCUGUAUAACGUAAUGGUUGAAAGUGAAUAAAAUUCAUGUCCUAUUUAGUACCUA